GGGAAGGUUACGAGUGAGAGGAGGGCAAAAGCCCAAGCCCAAGAGUUCAACGACACAGUCUUCUUGCUCGUUGUGCUGCUGCUAGAGUGCUAGGUAUUGUUCUUAUGCAGAGUUGCACUUUCAACCUUACAUUUCUUCACACUCACUCACCAAUACGCUUCUUCACAGAGAGCUGAAUUGCGAAUACAAAACAGAUGGUCCACAUGCCAGGCUCUCUAAGGGGUUUUCCUAAUCUUGUAUCUUCCUCCCGGAUUGAAAAGCUAGUUUCUCUCUUACAUUCCAAACAAUAUCUGUCACCAUGGCUUCAGUCUGUACGCCAUCUUAGCUUUACCGAUGAUCACGGUAAACAACCUGCUGGAGAAUCUGAUGACUUUUUUUAUCCACAGUCAGACUCAGGUUCAGACUAUAGCAACUGUACCAACGAGGCAUACAAGGUUGAACAAUGUUUGUCGGAAUCAAUUCCAAGUAGACCUUUGAGAGGUAGGGAGCCAAUUAAGCAGCAUCCACAUUUCCGGGGAUAUGAUAGAGGUUCCCAUUCCUUCCCUCUCCGAUUUGAUGACCCUGAUGAAAUGGAUACAAGUAAUAAAUCUUCUCAAAUUAAUCUUGCAUUUGAGGGCACAAAUGUGGCAGAAACAAAUAGGGAUGCUGGUCAAUCAGGAGACAGUUUCCUUGAUAAAUUCAAGCUUGGUUUUGACGAUAAAACAGUGAAUCUGUCAGAUGUUGCAGCAGGCAAGCUAUCUGAAGAAGCAAAGAGGUCAAAUCACAAUCAACCAGCUCAAGAGUCUAUGCCUCAAGAUGCUGAUGAGAUCUUCAAGAAGAUGAAGGAGACUGGUCUUAUCCCCAAUGCUGUAGCCAUGCUCGAUGGUCUAUGUAAAGAUGGUUUGGUUCAAGAAGCCUUGAAACUUUUUAGUUUGAUGCGGGAGAAGGGAACCAUUCCAGAAAUUGUCAUUUACACAGCGGUUGUGGAUGGAUAUACAAAGGCCCACAAGGCUGAUGACGCCAAAAGGAUUUUCAGGAAAAUGCAGAAUAAUGGCAUUUCACCCAAUGCUUUCAGUUACACGGUCCUUAUACAAGGGCUCUACAAGUGUAGCAGAUUACAGGAUGCGUUUGAAUUUUGCUUGGAGAUGUUAGAAGCAGGGCAUUCUCCAAACGUGACAACUUUUGUAGGCCUAGUAGAUGGUUUCUGCAAGGAAAAUGGUGUCGAAGAAGCUAAGGGUGCCGUCAAAAAAAUAACAGAAAAGGGUUUUACUAUUAAUGAGAAAGCUGUCAGGGAGUUUUUGGACAAGAAAACACCAUUUUCACCCUCUGUUUGGGAAGCCAUCUUUGGGAAGAAAGUCCCUCAGAGACCAUUUUAAAUAUCUCAGAUAAUAAGUACUUUUCCAUUUCUAUCUGGUAUUGAUUGAGAUUGUGGCAUAAUCAAAUUUGCAAUGGAAGCAAUAGGGAUCCGCUCUUGUUCUUGUUGUCCCUUUCUUCACUUUUGGACUCACUUCUCACUCGUGUAGUUCGUUGCAUACUUGUGGUAGCUUUGGUAUAAGAUACACAAUUUCUUAAAAUUCCAAACUUGUACUAAGGUUCAUCAGUUUUGAUCUGAAUUUCAAAGCACAGAGAAAGGCUCACACUCUGUUUCUAAAUACUUGUUGCGGAUAAAGGUUCUGAUUGAAUCCUUGAUCUUCGUAGUUUUUCCUGUACUACCUGAUGAACGCAUUGAUGUGAUAUUGGAUGGGUUAUUGAGGGAAUGUGAUGCUUGUUGUGGCUUCCAUCUAUAUAGUAGAUUGGACCCUUUGUAAGUGAAAUUGAAUAUCUCCUUACAUGUGAAGAUCGGGUUGAAAAACAA